UGCAUGCCAUCUACAAGGAUGGGCAAGCAAACGAGUGGCUUGCAUCUCCCACACGUGCCAAACUUGGCACAUGUGCUGUCGUUUGUACUCGCACGUGCCUCCCCUGCAUUUCAUUUUGCACAACCGGAGGUCCGGAGCUCUCUCUCUCUCGCUCCGAAAAUGGGGAGACAUUCCCAGAAAUGAAAUUAGGGUUUUCCAAGAAUCCCAAAUUCCGGUUGUAAAUCCAACCCCCACCGUAAAUGCCGAUGGAUCUGAGAUGCAAGGCGUGAAUUUGGAGAGAAUUUUAUGAAAUUGAAAUGGUUUGUUGUGUUUAAAUUCCUGUUGGUUUCAUUGGAAUCAAAAUGAUAGUUGGAGAAGACGGUUUCGUUCGGUUUUAGAAGAUUAUUGGACAAUGAAGAGGCUGAAGAGCGACACCCCAGGUGGGAGGCGGUUGAAAUUGUCGCACUUUCUGAUUGGCGUAGCGGCGUUAUAUCUGGUUUUCAUUGGAUUGAAGUUCCCAAGGUUCCUUGAGACCUCCAUGAUACUAAGCGGGGAUGAUAGUUUUGUGGGCCUCGAUCGGUCGGUGGCGGAAGAUGGCGAUGGUCCGGAUGGCAACAGGCACUUCUUUAGUUCGGUAUAUAAGGACACUUUCCACAGUAGAUUAGAAGAUGCCUUGACCCAGAACCCACCACAAAUGCCAUGGAAGGAGCCAUUCCGGGUGGAAACGAGCGGGUCCCAGUUGGUCAUGCAUCGCCAGAGCCAUUAUGGUAGGAUAACGGGUGAGAUUUUGAGACGGAUGAAUAGGACGAAUGGAUUGACAGAGUUGGAGAAAAUGGCAGAUGAGGCAUGGGCAUUGGGGCUAAAGGCAUGGAAAGAAUUGGAGAGAUCUGGAUAUCAUGAGAGUAAUGAGAAAGCAUUUGUUGAGUCGUGUCCUUCUUCUGUGUCAUUGACUGGAGAAGAGUUCACAAAGGCUGAUUAUAUCAUGCUUCUUCCGUGUGGGCUUGCAGCAGGGUCAUCGGUGACGGUGGUGGGAACACCCCACCUGGCUCAUGAGGAGUAUGUACCCCAGCUUGCGAGAAUUCGGAAUGGGGAUGGGAGGGUUUUGAUUUCACAGUUUAAGGUCGAGUUGCAGGGGCUGAAGGCAGUGGAUGGUGAGGACCCACCAAGGAUUAUGCAUUUGAAUCCCCGGCUGAAGGGUGAUUGGAGUCAGAGGCAGGUCAUUGAGCACAAUACAUGUUAUAGGAUGCAAUGGGGGAUGGCCCAAAGAUGCAAUGGAAUACCGUCCGAGAAUGAUGCCGAUAUGGUUGAUGGUUUUAGCAAAUGUGAGAAAUGGAUAAACGAUGAUGUGGAAGAUUCACAAGAAUCCAAGAGUACGUCAUGGUUGAGACGAUUCAUAGGGCGUGCAAAGAAGCCGGAAGUGACCUGGCCUUUUCCUUUCGUGGAGGGUAGACUAUUUGUCCUUACUAUACGAGCUGGUGUAGAAGGAUACCAUGUUAAUGCUGGUGGCAGACAUGUGACUUCAUUCCCUUAUAGGACGGGGUUUACUCUUGAAGAUGCAACAGGGUUAGUGGUUAAUGGUGAUGUCGAUGUGCAUUCAAUAUAUGCUACUUCACUCCCCAUCUCUCAUCCAAGUUUCUCACUCCAGCAACUCUUGGAAAUGUCAGAGCAGUGGAAGUCUCAUCCACUGCAAGGAAGUCCAGCUUAUCUAUUUAUUGGCAUUCUCUCUGCUACAAACCACUUCGCGGAACGCAUGGCUAUUAGGAAAACUUGGAUGCAAUUUGACGCGAUCAAAUCUUUGCAAGUUGUGGCCCGCUUCUUUGUUGCACUAAAUCCGAGGAAGGAAAUCAAUGCUGUGCUGAAGAAGGAAGCAGAUUACUUUGGCGACAUUGUGAUUUUGCCAUUUAUGGACCGUUAUGAGCUUGUGGUUCUUAAAACUGUUGCCAUCUGUGAGUAUGGGAUCCGCAACAUGAGUGCUGCAUACAUCAUGAAAUGUGAUGAUGAUACCUUUGUCAGGGUGGAUACCAUAUUAACAGUAAUUAAGGGCACCUCUCCUAAGAAAUCCCUUUAUAUGGGCAACCUUAACCUCCUGCACACGCCCCUCAGAAGUGGAAAAUGGGCAGUCACAUACGAGGAAUGGCCAGAAGCAGUAUAUCCGCCUUAUGCCAACGGACCUGGAUACAUAAUUUCAAGUGACAUUGCAAGAUUCAUCAUCUCUCAACAUGCCAAUCAAAGCCUAAGGCUCUUCAAGAUGGAGGAUGUAAGCAUGGGCAUGUGGGUUGAACAGUUCAACAGCUCCACCACUGUCCAAUACUCCCACAACUGGAAGUUUUGCCAGUAUGGAUGCAUGGAGGACUACUUCACCGCUCACUACCAGUCUCCUAGGCAGAUGAUCUGUUUGUGGGGUAAGUUGGGGGAAGGCCAGGCGCACUGCUGCAACUUCAGAUGACAUCAAAUUCUUCCCAACAAUCAUGCGGCCCCUUUUUCCUUUUUCUCCUAUCAUUAUCAUAUCUAUACAAUCGAAACAAGCAAAUGCCAGUUUUGACAUGUUGCUAGAGGUGGGUUGGGAGGGAUCCUGUGGCAACUGUUACCUUUCGCUGUAAAAUGGGGAUUAUGGAAAGAGAAAACAAGAGAGAAUCAUCAGAGAUGAGAUGUCUUUGAAGGAUAAGAUCCUUGUUGUUGGGUUUCCAUGGAGAAGCUGAACGGUUUCUUGGUUUCAGAUAUUGAAAGAGAUUAGAGAGCUGUGGUUGAAGGAAGCUCAAAGAAAAACCCUGAAUGGAUCGUUUUCGAAAACCUGAAAACCUCCCACAGGUUUUUUGAAGUUAAAAACUCCAAUGGGAAUUCUAUCAGGAGUUGGGACUGCAGCAUAAGUGGGUCCACUAGAUAUGAUAAAUCAAUAAAUUGGCAGUUUUGGACAGGCUGAGGGGAGUUAGGUAAUCCGAACAGAGAAGACAUCUAAGCCAUUGAAGCUCUUCACAGAAUGCCUAUCUUGCCCAGUAAUCAAAUCAUUUAAGGUGGCAUGGGAAGAGGUGGGCUUUGUCACUUGAUGAAGAACAGUGGAGAUUGUGAUGAGCGAGAUUUUCUUUGAAUGUAGAUUUCAAGACAAGCAAUUGCGAUCAUCGACACCCUGUUGAGAUACACCAUUUGUAUGGAAACAUCUUAAUCCAUCGUAUUAAUGGAUGGUUGUUUCUUUUUCCAUUUUCAUUGGUAUUUCUUUUUUUCUUUUUUCUUUUUUCCCUUAUUGCUUAUCGGCAAAAAGGGAUUUUAUCAACAGAUGGUAAGGAUCUCUUGCAUUUUUAUUAUCAGACAUGGCCAUGGAUUAUCAUUUGUUUUUCUUAACUGCAAUUCAAGCCA